AUCCAUACGUACCGAAUGGGUGUCAAUCAGUUCGCCGACUGGACUGAUGAGGAGUUUCAACAGAAAAUGCUUUCACUUCACAUGAAACCACUGACUGGUGUCCACAAUCUCACACAAUAUGUCCGAAAUACUAAUAAAAUAAUACCUCAAAGUCAGGACUGGACAUCAAAGGAGUCCGAUAUCAAGAACCAGGGUUCAUGCGGUUCGUGUUUCGCGUUCGCUUCGGUCGACACCAUUGAAAGUCACUACACGAUCAACACUGGCAAUAAGAUAGAGCUGUCACCGCAGAAUAUCGUGGAUUGUCUGUAUCGGCCGAAUGUCUGCAGAGACGGCGGUUCACUGGCGGAGGCCUACGAACUGGUCAAAUCGGAGGGCGGGAUUAUGGCUGAGUCGGACUACCCUUAUAAGGAAGAGUACGGCACCUGUAGCUAUAAAAAAUACUUGAGCAAGGUGACUGUGUCCGGGUAUAAUUACCACAUCGAAGGCGAUGAGGUAUUUCUUAAGGAAAUGGUCUCCGAAGGCCCGGUAGCCGUGGGUAUUGACGCGUCGCUCAAAAGUUUCAAACUCUACAAGUCCGGGGUCUAUGUGGACAACACGUGCCAUAACCCCAUGAAUCACGGAGUGGUGGUCGCGGGGUAUGGGGUGAGCGAUGGCCAGGAGUAUUGGCUCAUUAAGAACUCGUGGGACACCACGUGGGGUGAGGCCGGGUAUAUGAAAAUGGCCCGCAAUAACGAUAACCAGUGCGGGAUAGGACUGCACUGUCUGACCCCCACUGGGGUUAAAGCUGUCUAACAAUAACCACUAUUACUAUAAUAUAAUGAGAGUAUGUAUGCAAAUGUGGUUAACAGUCACGAAAAUUAUUUAUUUAUUUUUUAUAUAAAGUUAUUUAUAUAAAGUUUAUACUUUAUAAUUAUAAAAACAUAAUCACAUUGAAAAGCAUUUGUAAUGAAUGAAUGAUUAUUUGACUAAUUUUUUUAAACACGGGUUUGUGUAAUAAAACUAUAAAUUCAUUUCAAAAUAACA